AUGGCUCUGAAGACCCUCGUCCUGUCCUCCCUGCUGGCCCUGGGGCUGCUGGUGAUUGUGGGGACCCAGCCUCCUGCUGCCCAGAGGUUCCAGCAAAGACACUUGGAUUCCCGCAGCGGCCCUUUACCCUCCAACUACUGUAACAAGAUCAUGAAACAACGGAAACUUUUAAAAAGGAACUUCAACACCUUUGUGCAUGAGUCCCUUGAGGCUGUCCAGGCUGUCUGCCAUGAGAGAACCUUCUGCUGCUCCAAUGGACAGAAUAACUGCCACAUGAGUAGACAUAGAAUGAACAUCACAUACUGUAAUCUGAGUGGCAGGAACCCCCCUAAAUACCAGACCAUCAACAGAAUGAAAUACAUCAUCAUUGCCUGCGACAGGAACCAGACUUGGCCAGUCUACUUUGAUGGUUCCAUGUAG